UUUUUAGUCGACAGAUACAAGGGCACACGCACAGCCCUCCCUCUGCUUGGGUUCUGUAUAAAAACUCAAGACGGAUCCCAUUCUGUCCUUUUUUCCCCUCCGCUCAGGUCUGGAGACGUCUUGUUUAUUGGCACAGUAAACCAAAAUGGGAAAGGAAAAGAUCCACAUCAACAUCGUGGUCAUUGGCCAUGUCGACUCCGGCAAGUCCACCACCACCGGUCACCUGAUCUACAAGUGCGGAGGAAUCGACAAGAGAACCAUCGAGAAGUUCGAGAAGGAAGCCGCUGAGAUGGGCAAGGGUUCCUUCAAGUACGCCUGGGUGUUGGACAAACUGAAGGCCGAGCGUGAGCGUGGUAUCACCAUCGACAUCGCUCUGUGGAAGUUUGAGACCGCCAAGUACUACGUGACCAUCAUUGAUGCCCCUGGACACAGAGACUUCAUCAAGAACAUGAUCACUGGAACCUCUCAGGCCGACUGUGCCGUGCUGAUCGUUGCCGCCGGCGUUGGUGAGUUCGAGGCUGGUAUCUCCAAGAACGGUCAGACCCGUGAGCACGCCCUGCUGGCCUACACCCUGGGUGUGAAGCAGCUCAUUGUGGGAGUCAACAAGAUGGACUCCACUGAGCCCCCUUACAGCCAGAAGCGUUUUGAGGAAAUCACCAAGGAAGUCAGCGCUUACAUCAAGAAGAUUGGUUACAAUCCUGCCACUGUUGCCUUCGUGCCCAUCUCUGGUUGGCAUGGAGACAACAUGCUGGAGGCCAGUGAGAAGAUGACCUGGUUCAAGGGUUGGAAGAUUGAGCGCAAAGAGGGCGGAGCCACUGGUACAACUCUGCUGGAGGCUCUUGACUCCAUCCUGCCUCCCUCCCGUCCCACAGACAAGCCCCUCCGUCUCCCCCUGCAGGAUGUCUACAAGAUUGGCGGUAUUGGAACGGUGCCCGUCGGCCGUGUUGAGACUGGCGUGCUGAAGCCCGGUAUGGUCGUCACCUUCGCUCCCCCCAACCUGACCACUGAGGUCAAGUCCGUGGAGAUGCACCACGAGACCCUGACCGAGGCGAUGCCCGGUGACAACGUCGGCUUCAACAUCAAGAACGUGUCCGUCAAGGAAAUCCGUCGUGGAAACGUGGCAGGCGACAGCAAGAACGACCCACCACUGGCAGCAGAGAACUUCACCGCUCAGGUCAUCAUCCUGAACCACCCCGGCCAGAUUUCCCAGGGUUACGCCCCCGUGCUGGAUUGCCACACUGCUCACAUUGCUUGCAAGUUCAGUGAGCUGAAGGAGAAGAUCGACCGCCGUUCCGGCAAAAAGCUUGAGGAGAAUCCCAAAGCUCUGAAGUCUGGAGACGCCGCCAUCAUCACCAUGGUGCCUGGGAAACCCAUGUGUGUUGAGAGCUUCUCCCAGUAUCCACCACUGGGUCGCUUUGCCGUGCGUGACAUGAGGCAGACAGUGGCCGUUGGUGUCAUUAAGUCCGUGGAGAAGAAGGCCCCCUCUGGUGGAAAGGUCACCAAGUCUGCACAGAAGGCCGAGAAGAAGAAGUGAAUGGAUGUCCAGGUAGAUGUCGUGGAGCGGCAGCAGCAGCAGCAGCAGCAGCAGCAGCAGCUGGCCUCCACUUUCAUGCUCCUCCUCUUUCAUCGCCACCCGGUGCCGUGUUCCCUGAGGCACAGCUCUUUACUCAAGGACUGGCUUAUGCUGAUCAAAACCCAUCGUAAAAGUUUCCGCAGGAAAGGAAGGCACACGCCUAUUAGGAGAAACUGUGAUUGUGAUUAAUUUCAAACCAAAAACAAUAAAAACAUUCAAAUGUUGCCAAAGUA